CCGCUUCCAAGAUGGCGGCGGCGGGCGGCCUGCGGCGGGCGGGCUGGCGGCUGUGGCGGGGCCGCGCGGUGGUCAGGUGCCAGCUCUGCCCACCACAGCGUGCUCUCCAGGCCUCAGCCGUGCUGAGGAGAGUCUCUGACGAGCAGAAAAAGGAGCCAUUGGCAUCUUCCUCUCAGCAGCAGCCGUUUGAUUCGCACCCACCAGACCACCAGCCCGAACAGGACCCUCAGGGCCCUCGCCCCAGUUACACUGGCCAGGGCGGCCAGGAGUCUGAGGACUAUGAGAGCGAGGAGCAGCUGCAGCAUCGAAUCCUCACAGCAGCGCUGGAGUUUGUGCCUGAACAUGGCUGGACUGCAGAAGCCAUUGCAGAGGGAGCCAAGACCCUGGGGCUCUCUGUUGCUGCUGCUGGGAUGUUUCACAGUGAUGGCAGCGAACUGAUCCUGCACUUUGUGUCUGAGUGCAACAGCAAGCUCUCACAGCUGCUGGAGGAGGAAGAGAAACUAGUGCAGUUGGGCAAAGCAGAGAAGAAGCCUACAGAUCAGUUCCUGAGAGAUGCUGUAGAAUCCAGGCUGAGGAUGCUGAUUCCCUAUAUUGACAAAUGGCCCCAGGCUCUGAGCAUCCUGUUGCUCCCGCAUAACAUCCCUUCCAGCCUCAACCUCCUCACCAGCAUGAUCGAUGAUAUUUGGCAGUAUGCUGGAGACCAGUCCACAGAUUUUAACUGGUACACCCGUCGUGCUGUGCUCACCGGCAUCUACAACACCACCGAGCUGGUGAUGCUGCAGGACUCAUCCCCGGACUUCGAGGAGACGUGGCGCUUCCUGGAGAACAGAGUAGCUGAUGCCAUGAACAUGGGCAGUGCUGCUGAUCAGGUACAGUCAACUGGAGAAGCAGUUGUCCAGGGCCUGAUGGGAAUGGCAGUUACUAUCAAGAACCUGUCGGGGCUCAACCAGCGCCGGUGAGGACGGAGCCGCCGGAGCGAGGCGAGGCGCGGCCCCUUCCCCGCACCAAUAAAGCCGCACGGCAGCCUGC